UUUGCAUUAUAAAUCCUUGCUGCCCUUUACCACACAACUGGAGUAUCCCAGCGAGUUAGAAAAGCAGUUAUGUGUUGAACCCAAGAGAUCAAAGUCCUAUUAAAAGAAGCUCGUAUCAUUUCCUCCCCUGAGAGAGAAGUUAAUUUACUGAGGAAGCUCUUCACAUGGGAAUUCACCAGAUUCCUCGGGACUGCUUCUUCAGGGAAGGCUUUUUCUCUCAGGGGAGGAUGAGGUGUGUGUGCGACCCUCUGAUGACCCAGAACCCCUAAGAGUUUCGUGUCACCUAUGAAGAGUUACCUGAAGGAGUUUCGCACGGAGCAGUGCCCUCUCUUCGUGCAGCACAAGUGCACUCAGCACCGGCCCUACACUUGCUUCCACUGGCACUUUGUCAACCAGCGUCGUCGCAGAUCUAUCCGCCGUCGGGAUGGUACAUUUAACUACAGCCCUGACAUCUACUGUACCAAGUACGAUGAGACCACAGGAAUCUGCCCAGAAGGAGAUGAGUGUCCAUUCUUGCACAGAACUACUGGGGACACGGAGAGGAGAUAUCACUUGCGCUACUACAAAACUGGAAUCUGCAUUCAUGAGACGGACUCCAAGGGAAACUGUACAAAGAAUGGAGUCCACUGCGCCUUUGCUCACGGGCCCCAUGACCUACGCUCUCCGGUUUAUGACAUCAGGGAGCUUCAGGCCAUGGAGGCUUUGCAGAAUGGUCAGACUACAUCAGAAGGUGGCAUAGAGGGCCAGUCUGCAGUUGCUGCUAGCCAUGCAAUGAUAGAGAAAAUACUUGGUGAGGAGCCAAGGUGGCAAGAUACAACCUACGUGUUGGGAAAUUACAAGACGGAGCAAUGUAAGAAACCCCCCCGUCUCUGUCGCCAGGGUUAUGCCUGUCCCUACUACCACAAUAGCAAAGAUAGAAGAAGAAGCCCAAGAAAACACAAGUACAGAUCUUCACCGUGUCCCAGUGUGAAACAUGGAGAUGAGUGGGGAGAUCCCAGUAAGUGUGAGAAUGGAGACUCAUGCCAGUACUGCCACACUCGCACAGAGCAGCAGUUCCACCCAGAGAUCUACAAAUCCACCAAGUGCAAUGAUAUGCAGCAGUCUGGAAGCUGUCCCCGAGGACCCUUCUGUGCUUUUGCACAUGUAGAACAGCCUCCUCUCAAUGAAGAUUUACAGCAAUCCUCGGCUGUGUCCAGCCCAACACAGACAGGCCCUGUGAUGUAUAUGCCAUCAGCAGCUGGUGAUUCCGUUCCAGUCAGCCCUUCCAGUCCACAUGCCCCAGACCUGAGCAAUGUGUGGAAUAAAACAGGAACUCUGCCAACUAGCCCCACCUCCACCACAAUUCUUUGUAGGAACAGCAGUCUCGGAAGCCCAUCUAAUAUAUGUGGGUCUCCUCCUGGCGCCAUUGGAAAACCACACAGCUUGGAGAGCAUUGGUUUUCCUCCAGACUCAGUAACAGCAGCUGGCAGCUACAAGAAAGCACCUGGGUUUGAGCGAGAAGAUCAGGUGGGGGCCGAGUAUUUGAAGAGUUUCAAAUGCCAGCAAGCGAAAAUGAAAUCCCAUUCACUGGAACACAGGAGUCAGGAGCAACCUUUGUUACAGCCCAAACAGGACAUAUUGGGGAUUCUCCCAGUGGGGAGCCCACUGACAUCCAGCAUCUCCUCCAGUAUCACCUCCAGUCUGGCUGCAACACCACCCAGUCCUGCUGGCACCAGCAGCAUUCCAGGCAUGAAUGCCAAUGCCCUUCCUUUCUACCCAACCAGUGACACCGUUGAGUCUGUCAUAGAGUCUGCCUUGGAUGACCUGGACCUGAAUGAAUUCGGAGUGGCUGCCCUGGAGAAGACAUUUGACAGCAGCACAGUGCCCCACACAAGUGGCAUCAUGAUAGGUGGGAGUUUGCUGCAAAGUUCUGCUCCUGUAAAUAUCCCCGGGUCCCUUGGAAGCUCUGCCUCCUUUCACUCUGCCUCUCCUUCUCCACCGGUCAGCCUCUCAUCGCAUUUCCUCCAUCAGCCCCAGGGACACUUAAGCCAAUCAGAAAACACGUUCCUGGGGACAUCAGCUUCUCAUGGAUCAUUAGGUUUAAAUGGGAUGAACAGCAGCAUAUGGGAACACUUUGCUUCGGGGAGUUUUUCGCCCAGUACCUCACCUGCAUUUCUGUCAGGUCCAGGUGCUGCGGAGCUGGCACGGCUACGACAAGAACUGGAUGAAGCCAACAGCACAAUAAAGCAGUGGGAAGAAUCUUGGAAACAAGCCAAGCAGGCCUGUGAUGCAUGGAAAAAGGAGGCAGAGGAAGCAAAUGAUCGCGCCAACACAGCUAACAUGGAAUGUGAACUGGCCCGGGAGCAGAGGGAAGCCUUGGAGCUGCAAGUGAAGAAACUGCAGGAGGAGCUGGAGAGGAUCCAUGCAGGCCAGGACCCUCAAUUUCUGCGCUCUUUUUCUGACCUGGAAACCCUCUCGCUCUCUUCACUUUAUACGCUUCAGAAACAGCUGCGGGCAAACCUGGAGAAAGUUGAUAAGGCAGUAUUUCAGAUGCAGUCGAUGAAAUGCCUUAAGUGUCAGGAAGAGAACCGGGUGGUGUUGCCGUGCCAACAUGCUGUGCUGUGUGAAACGUGCGCUGAGGAGGGUGAAUGCCCCAUCUGCCAUCCUAACAGGCCCCAUUCUCUCCAGUCGUGACCUUCCAAGGACACUGGGUCUAAUCAUAUCAUAUAGAACUUUUUAACUUUAUACAUACGUACAUAUAUAUGUAUGUGUAUAUAUAUAUAUGUAUGUGUAGAUAUAUAUGUAUAUAUGAG